CGUCGGACACUUAUCAUUAUCUAAUCUAAUAGAACAGGUAUUGAUUCAAACAGUAAUGGACGAAACCGCAACUGUCACGAAUACUAAUAUUUAUUUACAUGUGGGAAGUGAAAUAUUACAAUGGCAGUGAUACGAAAUCCCACGGACCUUGACAACCCAGUGAGCUACGUUGCGACUGUGGCGUUUUUUUGCGGCGUGUCGUGUGUCGUCCUGAUGCUCAAAUUCCGAGGAUUCCGGGCGUCUAUGAACUUGAGCUCUUGGAGGAAGAAAGACAAUGAAAUAGAUACCUCAGUAUCGCUGACCGGGGCCUAUAGAAUAAACAGAGAUGAUUUCUAUGGCAAUGCCGGAAUAUCCGAACCACCAAAAAAGCUUACUCCAUCCAUGGUGGUACUUCCACCCUCCACUAAGCCGGAGCCCAGUUUAAGGCCCACAAAAAGUACAAGCGAUCUUGUAAAACAGAAUAAUCUACCGGCACAUUUAACUAAAAGCAGCCAUGACGUUUCCCUGGACCCUCGAGGCCGACCGGCGUCUCACCACCAAGAGAAUGCUGCCCCGAUGAGGCCAGAGAGAAAAGUUAAAAACAAAAGUCAAGAUAAGGAACAGAAGAAACUAGAGAAGCAAAGAUUGGCGGAACAGAAGUCUAGAGAGAAGGCAGAGGCGCAGGAAAAAGCGAGAAAGGAUAAAAUUAGGCGGGAGGCAGAAAAGAAGGCAGCGCAGGAACAGGCGAAAGUGAUGAAAGCGGCCAAAAAGAAAGCGCCGGCCGUCCCUCAGCCACAAGUUUCUCAGGCCCCGCCUGUUCCUCACGUGGUAUCGAAUCGAUUAGCUGCGAACGCAGCACCAUCAUACUCCACGAACACGUUAGAAAGUUCUAUCAGCAGAACGAGUGGUCCUCCGCCUUACGCCGAGACCGUUAAUUCUGACAGCCCGAAUACAACGGCAGGGAAUAGCAAUCCGGGAAAUGUGACGUUUAGCAAGCCCAUAGAAAGAGAGACGAACAGUUGGGACUUGAUAUCGCAGCACAGACAGCAGAUGAGCCGGCCGGCCGCCUCCGGCGUGCAAAAAGCCUCUCGAAAGAACAUGGUUCUGGACUUGCAGUACAAAUUAGGUAACGAUAAUAAUAGAGACAAUAGUGACGCGUAGAAUAUACAUUUUUGGGUGAUUUUCUUUGAAAUGAGUGUUUAGUGAGUGUUAAUUUAACUAUUUAAGUUAUGUUAUUUAUAGGUGAACGAUUUAAGACAGUUGUAAAGUAAUUAAUCUUCAAAUAAAUAGUAUGUACAAGUAA